ACUUCUUCACAGGCUGUUUUUGAAAAGAAAAAUCAAAAAAGCGCACACACUAUUUCCCAACUACAAAAGAAACUUGACAGUUACACGAAACGUGUCAAAGAUUUACAAAAUCAACAAUUUCAUAACAAAUCACAGCACCGACAACCGCGCGAAGUUUUACGAGAUGUGGGCCAGGGUUUAAGAAAUGUUGGUGGUAAUAUACGUGACGGCAUUACAGGAUUCUCAGGGUCUGUUAUGUCGAAACCUAGAGAAUUUGCACAUUUGAUUAAGAACAAAUUUGGCAGUGCUGAUAAUAUCAAUCAAAUGUCAGAAUCUGAAUUGAAUAGUAUAAAUAUGCCUAUGAAUCAACAAGAUAUGUUGGGCUGUACUACACCUAACAAUGCUAUACCCACCGCUUCAACGGGUUCGGGUGGUGGUGGUAUUAAUACCGGUGGUGCUGGUAGUGGAAAAUUUAAUAGUGAAAAUGGCAGCGAAUGUAGUAGCGUCACAAGUGAGAGUAUACCAGCCGGCUCUGGAAAAAGUCAAUCGGGUGCCAGCCAGUAUCAUAUUGUUUUAAAGUCCCUACUAACCGAAUUGGCCGAACGAAAAGCAGAACAUGAAAAAUUAGUUGAGCGUGUGGAACGUUUAGAGAAUGCUCAAAAGGAGGUGAACAAUUUGACGGCGACACUGGAAAGUGAACGUUAUCGUGCUGAAAGUCUAGAGGAACAAAUUAAUGAUUUAACGGAAUUACAUCAGGUGAGAGAGAAUACUAUAGUAUAUCUAUAACCAAGACUAUAGAGC